UCUGACAGAUGUCAUGCUGAGAAUAUAUCAAUUAACAAGUAUUCACAAUAUAAGACCUUCAAAAAAGGUAAUAACAAUCACUAUAGGGUGAAAUAGUUGUUGUGACUUGUAAUUAUUCAAAAAUAUUUCUUCUUUGAUAGUUUAAAUGAAGAACGUAUAGAGUAUGAGUCAGAAAGAAAGUACAACUGUUUCUUUUUCCCUUCAGGUGUCCUAAAUGUACAAAGAAUGAGAGUUGGGAUGGACAUAACCCAACACACCAAAUGUAAGUCAGUCUCUUAAUUUGAAACUGAUAUUAAGCAAUUGCAACACUUGUGUGACCAGUGGAUUAGUUUUCUUUCUUUGAAUUAGACACAUGACGGCCGCUUCUUCCCUGGCGCCGUUUAAGUUAAUUUGUGUGACUUGUGGAGGUGAUUUUGUUCCCGGUUGAACCUCUGCUGUCGGGCUGUUUUGCUUUGUUUUUCUUCAAGUUCUUAGAAAAAUUUUGACCUGAAUGUAUUUUUGCCUUUUUUUUCUUCUUUUUAACCAGCAAGAGAGUUUCAAAAAUUUAGAUUCUUUUCGUGGUUAAAAAAGAAAGGAAAAACAGCGAAAAAAAUUUCAGUCAAAAUUAAUCUAAGAUUUUGAAGGAAAAAAGAGUAAAAUGGCCCGACAACGAGGGUUCAACCGGGGCCUGAACCCCUUUCAUAAGUCACCCAAAUUAAAUUAAACGGCGGCAGGGGGGAGCGGCCGCCAUGUGUUUAAUUUAAAGAGAGCGAACUAAUCCGCUAACGUUGCCUGAGAAAGAGACGCAAAAUUAACCUACAGGUAGAAGUAGAUACAGGCUCUAUUGUUCUCAUAGAAUAACGUAGAUAAGUCAUGAUUUAUUCACAUCCCGUGAAGAAUGUUUAUCGCCUUGUCACACAUUACAACUGAAAUUUGACAUGAAUUCUCUCUCUUCUUUUAGUGAUCAACUCGAAGUUUACAAGAAGAAACAAGAUUUUUUUCAAUCAAGGAUUGUAAAAGAAAUAAAGUUUAUUUUUGUUGNCAAAAAUAUUUCUUCUUUGAUAGUUUAAAUGAAGAACGUAUAGAGUAUGAGUCAGAAAGAAAGUACAACUGUUUCUUUUUCCCUUCAGGUGUCCUAAAUGUACAAAGAAUGAGAGUUGGGAUGGACAUAACUCAACACACCAAAUGUAAGUGAGUCUCUGAAUUUGAAACUGAUAUUAAGCAAUUGCAACACUUGUGUGACCAGUGGAUUAGUUUUCUUUCUUUGAAUUAGACACAUGACGGCCGCUUCUUCCCUGCCGCCGUUUAAGUUAAUUUGUGUGACUUGUGGAGGUGAUUUUGUUCCAGGUUGAACCUCUGCUGUCGGGCUGUUUUGCUUUGUUUUUCUUGAAGUUCUUAGAAAAAUUUUGACCUGAAUGUAUUUUUGCCUUUUUUUUCUUCUUUUUAACGAGCAAGAGAGUUUCUAAAAUUUAGAUUCUUUUCGUGGUUAAAAAAAGAAAGGAAAAACAGCAAAGAAAAUUUCAGUCAAAAUUAAUCUAAGAUUUUGAAGGAAAAAAGAGUAAAAUGGCCCGACAACGGGGGUUCAACCGGGGCCUGAACCCCUUUCAUAAGUCACCCAAAUUAAAUUAAACGGCUGCAGGGGGGAGCGGCCGCCAUGUGUUUAAUUUAAAGAGAGCGAACUAAUCCGCUAACGUUGCCUGAGAAAGAGACGCAAAAUUAACCUACAGGUAGAAGUAGAUACAGGCUCUAUUGUUCUCAUAGAAUAACGUAGAUAAGUCAUGAUUUAUUCACAUCCCGUGAAGAAUGUUUAUCGCCUUGUCACACAUUACAACUGAAAUUUGACAUGAAUUCUCUCUCUUCUUUUAGUGAUCAACUCGAAGUUUACAAGAAGAAACAAGAUUUUUUUCAAUCAAGGAUUGUAAAAGAAAUAAAGUUUAUUUUUGUUGUUCUAAGAGUCAACGAUAAGCAAGUAAGUAUUUGA